AUGAAGCAAAUAGCGCAUAUGGAGAAGUAUCCAAAUGCCAAGAUUAUCAGCUUGGGGAUUGGUGACACAACUGAGCCUCUUCCUCUGCUCAUAGCAUCAGCUAUGUCUAAGUAUUCUCAUCUGCUCUCCACCAAGGAAGGGUAUCAAGGAUAUGGAGCAGAGCAAGGAAAUAAGGAACUGAGAAAUGCAAUUGCAGCAACCAUUUACAAAGACAUGGGCAUCAAAGACACUGAAGUCUUCAUCUCUGAUGGAGCACAGUGUGACAUCUCUCGUAUUCAGUUGCUGUUUGGAUCCAAUGCCACAGUUGCAGUGCAAGAUCCAACCUUUCCUGCCUAUGUCGAUUCGAGCAUCAUAAUCGGGCAGACCGGUGAAUACAUGAGGCACAGCGGUACGUAUGGCGGGAUCGAGUACAUGAAAUGUGGACCGGAGAACAUGUUCUUCCCCGACUUCGCGGGUGUUUUGAGGACCGACAUUAUCUUCUUCUGCUCCCCUAACAAUCCGACCGGCCAUGCCGCGUCCAGGGAGCAGUUGGAGCAGCUGGUGGAGGUCGCGACCAGGAACGGUUCGAUCAUUGUGUAUGAUUCUGCGUAUUCCGAUUAUAUUUCAGACGACAGUCCUACUUCCAUUUAUGAAAUCCCCGGCGCUAAAGAGGUAGCCAUAGAGAUCUCAUCCUUCUCCAAACUAGCUGGCUUUACCGGUGUCCGACUCGGAUGGACCGUGGUGCCUCACGAGCUCUCGUACUCCAAUGGCUUCCCCGUGCACAAGGACUUCGACCGCAUCAUUUGCACCUGCUUCAACGGCGCAUCCAACAUCGCGCAAAGAGGGGGCCUAGCAUGCCUCUCCGAUGAAGGUCGCAAGGCUACGAAGAACCUGAUCGGAGUUUACAAGGAGAAUGCGAGGGUGUUAACUGACACAUUUGCCUCGAUGGGUCUCGAGGUUUAUGGGGGGACUAAUUCUCCUUAUGUUUGGGUUUACUUCCCUGGAAGGAAAUCUUGGGAUGUGUUUACCGAAAUCCUUGAGAAGACCCACAUAAUCACUGUGCCAGGGACUGGCUUUGGCCCGGGUGGGGAAGGGUUUAUCAGAGUUAGCUCAUUCAACAGCAGGGAGUGUGUCCGAGAAGCAUGUCACAGGCUCAAAAACUUCCUCAGACGAUAUUAAGAUCGAUCUGCCGAAGAACUAUGAAGGAAUCAACUGUCUCGGGUCGUCAAUUUUGAUAGCUUUCACUUCAUAUUUAAGCAAACUGAAGGACUUGAAUGGCUCCUUGUCUUCUGAAUAAAAAGGAGCUUUUACUGAAAAACUUGUUCUGAAAUAAUCAGUCGAAAGUCGCAAGAACCUUUGCUGAAGUUGUGGGAUAAUCGAAGGAUGAACGAGUUAACAACUUAUGCAGCAUAGUUAUCAAACCCCUACACUUCUAACCAAACUAUAAAGAACUUGAAUUAUGAAGCAAAAUUCUGGAAUAAAAUUCACAGAAAUCAGAACUGAACUCGAAAAAUGCAUAAGAGACGAACAACCUAACAACUUUCGAAACAUUGUUAACGAACACUGAUCUGAUCAAGCUUCGGCUAAGAAUCAGUUUAAAAUAUGGCCUGCUACUUAUCUGAACAUGAACUGUGUUGCUCGACAAAAAGUAUCUAAAGAGACGUAAAAAUAAAAUUGAUCCUUCUUCCCUUUCAGAUAAAGUCACUAGAUCUUAUCCAAACAAGAUAUUUCAGAGCAACAGAUAACUCUGAUAAUGAUACAAGCCCGAAUCCACUAAAUGAAACAUCAUCUGCUGAUUUGCCUGCCUUUUAUUGCAGGGAGUUGCAAAUCAAUGAUCCAUCAAUUCAGUGUCCCUUUUAAAUAUAAAUAUCAGGUAUUGAAACACUUGUAGAGUUUUUUGAUUCAUGAUUCUUCUGAUAUAAUUGAGGAAGGUCAAAAGGGCACUUGUAGGUGUAAACAGUUGUUUCAUCCACUCAAGGAAAUUAUUAUACCUGGAAAUAUAUUAAAAAUAGGGGAAGAAAACUAAAAAGAAGAGGCUAUAAAUACUUACUGUGGCUCAAUCUCACUUCAGCAAAAACAUACAGAAAUCAGAGAAAAAAAGGAAGUCAUGUUGUCCCUUGGAGCCAGUUAUGCACAGCUUCAUCUACAGCAGGAGAAGUGCAAGCAGAAGACUAAGGAGAAGAAGGAAGGGCAGAAGGCCAAGGAAAAGAAGGGAAGUGAAGGAAGAAUCCACCCUUCUUCACCAAGAGAAGAAGCCAAGGGUGAGCAAGAAUGAGAGGAAAUAGGAAGGAAAGAAAAAAAAAAGUUUAGUCAUGUUUUUUUUUUCUUUUUCUUUUCUCUCCCAGCUAGUAAACAUGUUUUCGGAGUCAUGGUUUAUGUAGUUGCUAUAUAUUUUGGUACAUGAUGAAUUCAGGUUCUAA